AUGUCUAUCUUGCUCUCGAGUUUUUCGCUGAACUUCACGCUGCCGGCCAACACGACUUCCUCUCCAGUUGUUACAGGUGGGAAAGAAGUGGACUGUGGGCCUUCUAUUGGAUUAGCCGCAGGCAUCCCGUCUCUGGUGGCCACAGCCCUGCUGGUAGCUUUACUGUUUACUCUCAUUCACCGAAGAAGAAGCAGCAGCAGCGAGUCCACUGAGAAUCCUAGGAGACCACCCACACGUGAGAAGAAUAUGAUGGGAGCAGAAGAAGCUCACAUAUAUGUGAAGACUGUAUCAGGAAGUGAGGAGAUCAUGCCUGACACUUAUCGUCCUACUGUGGAGGUGGAGAGAAGGAGGGGAUUGUGGUGGCUUGUGCCCAGACUGAGCCUGGAAUGA